AUGGCUAAACGUCUGCGUAGUGAGGCAGCCCUCCGUCGCCGUAAGGCUAAAGAACGCACUAGGCGGGCAUUGCUGCGGGCCAAGACCCCCAAAGCGUUCAAGCCGUCGGGGCGUGCAUCGGUGCUGUCUAUCACUUCACCUCUCGGUAAAGAGACUCCUUUUGGCCCCCAUAAGAGCGUUGAUCAUCUGGCUGAUCGACGUGCUAUCGAUCUCUACAAGACGGCUUUUGCUUUGGCAGAGUCCGAGCAGGUUGAAUUAUUGGAGAAGAUUUCGGAUGGAACAGCGAAAUCCUCUAAAUGCGACUGGGGUAAUUUGAAAGGAUCUGCUGCUCACCAGCUCGAGCCCCCUCAUCAGCUGGUGGAGAUCAGAAAUAUGUUCGAUAGAGCGACAAAUGAGAUACUCAGUACCAGAGCUGGUGACAGUCUUCUGAAAUGGAUGCAGCUCGACCGUGAGGAGCAGGGCAAGCAGCAGCAUGUAUGGGAUGAACUGGGCCCAACGUUAGCCACCGCUGCUACCUCUUUAAGAGAAAAUCUAUGUGACCUACUACACGUGUCAGAGUCGUCAAUUCAAGACUGUGAUUUCCAAGCCGGGCUUCUGAAAGCGAUGCUCUUGGCAACUGCGGAUAUCGACGAGUCCGAAGAC